UACGCAAUUGUAGAAUGGGCUUUAAAUUGGUUUUGAUCCACUAUUUACAUGGUUGCGAAAUGGCGUUAGCAAGAUUCUUGUGUGCUUGUUAAAAUAAGGAAUAUUCGUUUUUAUAGAGACACAAGUGCAUACGUUUAAUGGCAAAUUUAUUUGAUCUCGCUCACUUAAUUACAACCGUCGGCGUCGACGGUGUAAAAAUCAAGCCUGAGCCUGGACUGCCUGAGAAAUCGUCGAACGAGAUAUUGACGGAACUUUUCAGCACAUUCGAUGCGGACGCAGACGCCGAUGCCGACAAUAGUGUUGCAUCUCAGGAGAACAUUGAUCAGCAAACGCCAAGUGAUGCCGUCAAGUCGACUAAACUCCCGACAAAAAAGAAAAAGAGCAAGAAAAAACAUAAACAUAAGGAUAAAAAGCAUAAGAAAAAGCUUAAGCACAAUUCCUCAGACAGUAACAGUGAUGCUGAAGGUAACAAAAAGAAGAAGAAGCAUAAGAAGAAAUCCAAACGAAGACAUGAAUCUGUUUCAAGUAAAUCGUCGGAUUCGGAUCAUUCAAAAGUCAAAAUAAUGAAAUUGGAUAAUAAUGAUCUUGAGAUUGAUUGUCCAAAAAUAUCUGAUACACUAGAAAAGAAUGAUGUGGAAGAUACAACAAAAUUAGAUGACAAUCCAAAUAUAAACAAAGAGAUAAUUGAUACUAAUAAUUUUGGUAGUCCUCCAUUGCUACCUAUAUCAAAGAAAAUAGAAGAUGAAUCUGAUGAGCCAAUAAUACCUAAGCUCCCUGAAAUGUUGAAGCAGCCUGUUCAAGGGAAAAUAUUAAUAAAGGAUCUCAAGAACAGUACUAUUUAUAAUGAAACUGUAAAGGAAAUUGAAAAUAAGAAAAAGGCAAAAGCUGCCAAAAUGGAAGAUGGUGAAUUGUCUGAUAGUAGUAGUGAUAACAGAACACCUACUUUAAGUCCUACUCCACCUCGAGAUGAUAUAUUCGGAUCAUCAUCCUUUAGUCCAGAUAGUGAUAGAAAGAAAAGUAUAAUGCAUAGCCCAACAAGGAGGGCAACUUCUACAAAAACCGAUCUCAGAUUAGUUUUGAGAGAGAAAGAAAAGAAAAAGUUGGGAGUUAAUGAUUGCAAAGAUGAUGUCAAUUUUAAAGAUACAAAAGACGAUAAUAAAAGGAGCAGGAGUUGUCAUUCACAGGAUAGAAGAAGAUCCAGAUCACGAACACGAUAUAAUUCACAGUGCAGUGGGAGCCGUGAAAGAGAAAAGCGAAGAGACAGAAGCAAAGAGAAGCGUGACAGAGACAGGAAUAAUGAAAGACGAGAUUUAGGCAGAAGCAGAGAGAGACGCAGGUAUAGGAGUCGCAGUGAAGACAGAAGUAAAGAAAAAAAUAUGCGAGGUCGAAGUCGAAGCAGAGAAAGGAAAAAACGAAUUGAAAUUGAUAAAAAGAAGCUUUUGGAAAUUGCAAGGAGGAAUGCUAUAAAUAUGAUAAAACAAGGGACUUUGCCGUUAGCUCAACAGGACAAAGCUAUUGCUGCUAUACAAUCGGGUGGGAAAACGGUGGAUGAACUUACAGAUUUUUGCAAAACGUUGUCAAAAUCUGAAGCAUUAGGUGAACUAUCUAAUAUCUCCUCCGAAGAAGAGAGCGAAUUUGAGAAAGGUUUUCAUCAUCCUUUUCUUCUAAAGGAAAGACCUAGUUCUAUCAUAAUGAAUAUUAAGGAUGCAAAACAAUUACCGACAAAAACGUUCCAAGAAAAAGCAGCCGAGACAUCAAAUCAGCUACGAUUGCAGUUUCCUGUCUCCAGUGGACAACAUCACAGAAAGACUGAAAGCGAAUGGGUGCCAGUUGUACCGAAGAAACCAGAACCAAAAAAGUUAUUUGUACCAGCAUCUACAACAAAUGGUAAACUAGCAAUAAUGCCACCACCAGCUGUACAACCUCCUUUGCAACCAGCACAGACUGUUUUUCCAGCAAAUACAGAAACUGUCGACAUAGGCUCCAUAGUAUCUCAAAGAUUAGCAGCCAUGAGAAAAUUAAGGGAAAAUCCAAAUGACGUUAGCGCUUUGAAUGCAAUGCAUCAAGCACAAAAUGAGAUGAAAACUUGGGCUGAGAGUAAGCAGAUGCCAGGUCAGUUCACGGGUAGUACAGGAGCCAAAGUGCUCACACCUGCAGAAUUGUCUUCAGGUUAUCAAGCCUGGGCACGUAAGGACCAAUUAGUGUCAGCACAGCCUGUAUCAGGUGGAAUGGGUAUGGCCUUGCUACAAAAGAUGGGUUGGAGACCUGGUGAGGGCUUAGGCAAGAAUAAAGAAGGAGCUUUGGAGCCACUACAACUAGAAGUUAAAUUAGACAAGAGAGGACUGGUUUCUGAGCAAGAUAUUGGACAGAAAAGUAACAAAGCAGUGAAGCCUGUGGUGCCAACAGUGAAGACAUUGGAAGGCAAACAUCCAGUAUCAUUAUUAGGCGAAUAUUGCUCAAAAAGAAAAUUUGGUGCACCAGUUUAUGAAUUGUGCUUUGAAUGUGGACCAGAUCACAGGAAAAAUUUUCUUUUUAAGGUGAAAGUAAAUGGUAUCGAAUAUAAGCCAAGUGUUGCAAGUCCUAACAAGAAGCAAGCAAAAGCAGAAGCUGCGCAAAUAUGUUUGCAAAAUUUGGGUCUACUACCUUCUUAAUCAUAUGUAUUAUUGUAAUUAUAUAAAGAAUAUAAAACUCAUGAUAAUUAUAUGUACAA